UCGGUAGCGCGCGAGUAGGAAGUGGUGAUUCCUGGAAUAGAGAUGGCCGCGCUUGCUCAGCUGCCCCCACUCCCCCCCCAGUUUAAGAGCAUACAGCAUCAUCUGAGGACGGCUCAGGAGCAUGACAAGCGGGACCCUGUGGUCGCUUAUUACUGUCGUUUAUAUGCAAUGCAAACUGGAAUGAAGAUUGAUAGUAAAACUCCAGAAUGUCGUAAAUUUUUAUCAAAGCUAAUGGAUCAGUUAGAAGCUCUUAAGAAACAGUUGGGUGAUAAUGAAGCUAUUACUCAAGAAAUAGUUGGUUCUGCCCACUUGGAGAAUUAUGCUUUGAAAAUGUUUUUGUAUGCAGAUAAUGAAGAUCGUGCUGGACGAUUUCACAAAAACAUGAUCAAGUCUUUCUAUACUGCAAGUCUUUUAAUAGAUGUCAUAACAGUGUUUGGAGAACUCACUGAUGAAAAUGUGAAACACAGAAAGUAUGCAAGGUGGAAGGCAACAUAUAUCCAUAACUGUUUAAAGAAUGGAGAGACUCCUCAAGCAGGGCCUGUUGGAAUUGAAGAAGAUAAUGAUGUUGAAGAAAAUGAAGAUGCCGGGGCCACACCCCUGCCUACCCAGCCACCCCGGCCUUCAUCCUCAGCUUACGACCCAGGCAGCGUGCCGUCCAGCAGCUUCACGGGAAUCCAGAUCCCCCCCGGUGCACACGCUCCAGCCAACACGCCAGCGGAAGUGCCUUCCAGCGCAGGUGUAACAAGUAAUACUAUCCAGCCUACUCCCCAGACUGUUCCGGCUAUUGAUCCUGCACUUUUCAGUACAGUGUCCCAGGCGGAUAUCCGUCUAACACCCGAGGACUUUGCCAGAGCUCAGAAAUACUGCAAGUAUGCUGGCAGUGCCCUGCAGUAUGAGGAUGUCGGCACAGCGGUGCAGAAUCUACAGAAGGCCCUCAAGUUGCUAACUACGGGCAGAGAAUGAAGCCUUUGUACCACACGUCCGUACGUUUUUGGCUUAAAGAACCAACAGUCCGUUACUCUCUCUUCAGCCUAUCAGGAGCACAGUUUUAAGGAAGACUUCAGUUGCAUUGACUGUAACAAUGAAAUCUGUGUCUGUGUAUCAGAUUCCCGUUGAAGCAUUCAGCAGCAGCCUCAACCAGUUUUCAUUGUCCAUUUAGUGGAUCCAGUAAUCUCCGGGUGUAUCGGGCUGAUGUUAGCAAGAUCCAGAAAUGCCCAUUGAACCCUGCUUCAGAGAAUGAAAUCACACUUCUAUAAAAUGUAUGGGGAUUCACAUUGUAUCUUAAUAUACAUAAAUUAAAGACUUUUAAAAAUCUUAUAAUUUGGACGCACAGGCUAUAUUACUUUGCUAUAAAAUUCUAAAUUUAACUUUUAAUAGAAAUUGCCAGAAUAUUCUAGAUUAGAGAUCAUGUUUCCACCCUCCCCCCCCCCCGGAUUUAUAAAUCAAAUAUGAACAUCCUAAACUGUUAGAUGAAUUUGAAAGGGAUUAUGUUCAAAAUUAAAAUAUGUUCGUGUUUAAUAGAACUACAUUAAAAGUGAAAAUUGUUACAGAAGAAACCAAGGUAAAGAGGUAGAAUCACUUUCAGACUUAAGAAUAAUGUUGGUUUCCCAACAGCUUUCCCUUCUCCAUUGAAGCUUAAAGUGAAUUGGUAUUUAUUCAUAGGCAGUUUGACUGCAUGUAUUAGGGAAUGAAAAGAAGACAUUUGUAGUAAUGCCUGGAAACUUGGUGCUUUAAGUUAAGGUUCUCCUCUGCUGCUAUGGAAUGGAUUCCAUAAAGUGGAUAGCUCUGAGCGCUGCAGAAGACUAUGAGAAUUUAGACUCUCAGUUGUUCAGUUUAUAACUUUUGUGGGAAGUGAUGGACUUACUGUGUGUCACUUACAUUUGUGCUGUGUAAAAAAUAAAUACAAGGAUUCUUUU